AACACGGAAGUAGGAGUCAAACACACCGGAGUUGUUGUGGAAGCAGCCGCUCAGCACGUCUCUCUCUCUCUCUUUCACGUGAAACGUCCCGAAAACCAAACAACACAACAUUUACAACUCAAACGAUCAUAAACAAACAAGUGGGUUUUAUGUAUUAUGAUAAACGAGCCGCAGACUCGGCCCCGGAAGUAGGUUAGCUUCACGUAAGCCCGGAAACGCACCCCACCUGGCUCAGCUAACUGUCAGUCAUUCCAGUGACUGAUCAUCAUGGCGUCUCUUGGUGCUGUGUCGCUGCUGGGCUUCAAGCGGCUGUCUGUUUACCUGGAGGACUGCAUGAAGGCUCCGGCAGACCUGAGAUCAGCUGCACAGCAGGAACCAGAGGCUUCUUCAGAUGACGUCUCCAUCGUCUUUCUGAAGGAUCUCUCCGUCUGCACGAAACCCUCUGGUGUGAACGCUCAGAUCGUGCAUCAGGCCGUAGAGCAGAGUUCCUCCAGCAUCGAGGUGGAGUUGGAAGAGGACGACAAGCAGCUGAAGGCCGACACCAAGAUAAACCUCAUAAAGUUGGAGUCUAAUCAGCAGCUACAGAGGCGCCGGUCAGAGAUCAACGUAUACAAAGAAGAGGCAGCGUGUGAAGACAGAGACUCAAACUCAGAGGGAACUAAUCCUGGAGAAAUCGACCGACUCCAGCUGAGUCACACAGCAGCUGCUGGGAAGCCGUCAGUGCUUCAGGAAGAUGGCAGCUCAGACUUACAGAACCAUAAACCAUCCGAGUCUCUGAAAUCAUCUAAACUGAGCAAUGUAGAGGCUGGUCAGGAGGAAGCAGGCUGCUCAGAUCAGAGAAGUGUCUCCACAGCAAACAUCAUCACACCAGAGCAACAGGACACUGGAGACGUGGACACUGGCUAUGGAGGGAGACGCAACGUCCUCCGACACCAGCGGCGUCACUGCAGCGUGUCGGUCCGAACGCUGAUUCCCUCAGAGGAGACGCAGCCGGAGACGUUUCCCUGCAGCAGAUGCAGCCGGACGUUUCGGACUAAGCAACACUUGGGGCUUCAUGAGAAAGCUCACAAAGAAAACCAGGAGGGGAAAGAUGCUCGGCGAGAAAGAUGUCACAGCUGCUCACAGUGCAGCAAGAGCUUCUACCUGCUGCAAACCCUGAGGCAGCACCUGCUCACCCACAGCGGAGAGAAGUCCUUCAGCUGCUCCGUCUGUGGGAAGCAGUUUGGGAGAGAAGGAACUCUGAGGGAGCACCAGCUGAUCCACACCCGGGAGAAAACGUUCACAUGUGAGCAGUGCGGCAAGACGUUCGCCAGAAGAGGAGAUCUCAGGAAACACAUGGUGAGUCACUCUGACGAGAGGCCGUUCAGCUGCAGCUUCUGCACCAAGAGCUUCAAGCUGGUGUCCAAGCUGAAGCAGCACGAGCGUCUCCACACGGGGGAGAAGCCGUACCAGUGCUCGCUGUGCUCCAAGAGAUUCAGGAUCCACGUGUCGCUGGCCGUGCACCACCUCACCCACACGGGAGAGAAGCCCUUCAAGUGCACCAUGUGUCCGAAGGCCUUCAGCGACCGGAACAACCUGAGGAAGCACCAGAUGAUUCACUCCGGAGAGAAGCCGUACAGCUGCUCACACUGCGGCAAGAGCUGCCGCCUGCUGCAGCACCUGCUCAUCCACCAGCGCAGCCACACGGGCGAGAAACCCUUCACCUGCGACCAGUGUGGGAAAGGAUACGCCCGUCUGUCCACUCUGAAGACACACCAGUCCGUCCACCUGGACAAACCACUCCGCUGCUCCCUGUGUGGGCAGGAAUUCAAGGGUCUGCCGGAGCUGACCGAUCACGAGUGCAAGGAGACGGCUGAGAAGCCUCACCGCUGCUCGCAGUGCGGCAAGUGCUUCAGCCAGGCCGUGAACCUGAAGAAGCACCAGCUGAUCCACUCUGGACAGAAACCACACGACUGCAAACAGUGCGGGAAGCAGUUCAACCACAGGAGCAACCUCACGAAGCACACCCGCAUCCACACGGGAGAGAGGCCGUUCAAGUGUGAGCUCUGUGGGCGGAGCUUCAGGCUCCUGCAGCAUCUCACUAACCACCGAGCAACGCACAACAAGAAGCCGACGCACAAACAGACUGUGUGA